AUGGGUACAUUUUUAAACAAACCAAUAAAAAACACUAAUGAAGAAAUUAAAGGUGAAAAAAAAAAGAAAAUUUGUUGUGUAUGCUUAGAAACAAAAAAGUUAAGAGAUGAAUGCAUUGUUAAAUUGGGAGAAGAACAAUGCAAAAAAUUUAUUGAUGAUCAUAAUCAAUGUUUAAGAAAUGAAGGAUUUGACAUAAAAUAA